AUGCCUUUUCCUAUUCUCAAGCUCCCUUUUCUACCAAUCCAACUAGUGUUACAGAUUUUGGAUAAUCUCACACAGAACUUGGAUUCUCUCGCUCUUUUCGAAUUCUCCACAUGCUCCCGGAAAUGCCGUCGAGUAGUCAGUUGUAUAAGGCACAAGUAUACAGGUAUAAAAAUACUCUGGAAUGGUGAUGAGGGUUAUGCAACGAUAAAAUUGGAAACGAGUUACGGUACAAGCUAUUCGUGGAAGAUCGCCGAAAUUUGUGCUGGCGAAUUGUAUGAAAGAAGAAAAAUUGGAAACAUGACGAUUAUGAUUAGAAGACAAUAUAAUCAAAUGUACACUGGAGGAGGACCGUUGAUUGAAAAGUUGAAAGAAAUGUACAAAUACCUGAUAGAUCUCUUCCACAUUCCCAUUUUAAAUUUUUUCGGCUAUUACGGAGCAGGAAUUCAAAUUCCAGUUUUCCCAGCGAAUUUAGAGAUUAAAAAAUGUGACGAAGUGGUGGUAAUGAGCCAUGAACCAAUUGAUGAUGAUCAGAUGAAAUACAUUCUUGGAGAGAUGAUUACGAAAAAAUUGAAUUUGCACCUUCCAAAUUAUUCGAAUUUUCCUUGGGAAUCCACUAGAUUCUCAAUGGAUUGUCUGAAUUUACAAUUAGAUUCUAAAUGGGUGUCUCGUGAGAUGUUUUUAUCUUUAAAAUAUCCCAAAAUCUAUAUGAAAGGAUUUACUAGUUUAACUUCAAAAGAUGUUCGAGAUUUCAUCAAUCAAUGGUUUAAUUCGAAUGAUACACGCCUUGAAACCCUGUUGGUUGAUUUGAAAUUUGAUGAGGAACCGGAACCAAUCGAUUUGAGCGAGUUCAACCCAAAACCAUGGGAUCCAAUACUCAGAGGUCAAUAUUAUGAUAAAAAUCGGGCUGGAAAACUAUUCGGUGGCAUGGAUAUAAUUCGGAAAGAUGGUCGCUUUGCCACAUUUAGACAGUCAUCAAGAUCGAUUGAUUUCUUCGUAUGGAAGAAUACACUUCAAGUGGAGAACAACUGA